ACUAAAGCGAGGCGCGGGCCCUGCUCUUGAUCUCACUCUCAUCGUGAGCUCCAGGACUGACCCAAAGCGAUCCACCGACAGCGCACACACGCACCUGCGCUCAGUGGAAACCAUGACCGCAAAAACCCUGGACAAAGUAGCUGUGACCCUGGGGGGCUACGCACACCCAGGGCCAGAAAGCGUGUACUCCAUGGAAGACAUGUCAGGCACCCUCCACUCCUCCGCCCCCUUCAACAGCGAGUUGGGCCACUACGAUCCGACCACCACAGAGCCGCUGCUGGACCACUCUGCAGAGAGGCUGUCUUACAGCGGGCUGCCCCCUGCUCUGGCCCCGGGUCCUCGUCAAACAUUCACCUACAUGGGCAAGUUCUCCAUUGACUCUCAAUACCCGGGCUCGUGGAGCCCCGAGGGGGUCAUUAACAUCGUGUCAGGGAUCUUCAACGUGGCUCAGCCUCCGCCCCCCUCCUCCUCCGCAUGCUCUUCUCCAUCCUCGCGCUCUCCCGGUCACUUGGCCCGUAUUCAAGGCUGCAGCAUGGCACAGACUCAGCCUGAGGAGCAGAUGUACUCCCCUCCACCACCGUACACAUCCUCCACCUGUGGGGAGUUCCAGGACCCAUCAGCGUUUCUGGCACCCUCCGGGGCCAUGUCUUACCCACCGCCCUCCUACUCCUCUCCAAAGCCCUCGACUGCAGAUCCAGGGCUGUUCCCUCUUAUUCCGGACUACACAGGCUUCUUCCAACCAACGUGUCAGCGAGAACUCCCAGAACGAAAGCCCUUUGGACCAUGUCCGUUAGACACAUUCCGCGUGCCGCCACCACUGACCCCGCUAAACACUAUCAGGAACUUCACCCUUGGGGCACCUGCAGGCCUUGAGGCAGGCUCCCGACUGCCCUCUGCUUACAGCCCACAGAACCUGCCUCUUCGGCCCAUUCUGAGGCCCCGGAAAUAUCCCAAUCGCCCCAGUAAAACCCCAGUACACGAGAGGCCGUACCCGUGCCCAGCCGAAGGUUGCGACCGCCGCUUCUCCCGCUCUGAUGAACUCACGCGUCACAUACGCAUCCACACUGGACACAAGCCCUUUCAAUGCCGUAUCUGUAUGCGCAAUUUCAGCCGCAGUGACCACUUGACCACUCACAUCCGCACGCACACGGGCGAGAAGCCCUUUGCCUGUGACUUCUGCGGACGAAAGUUUGCGCGCAGCGAUGAGCGGAAGCGGCAUACGAAGAUUCACUUGCGGCAGAAGGAACGCAAAUCAUCUGCAGCAUCCUCUUCAUCAUCUGGCUCUAGCGCGCUUUGUUCGUAGUGCGCACUGGCAUGUGCAUGUGGGAACAGGCACACAAAACUUUAUAAACUGGCUCAGAAUAGCGUUGCUCUUGCAACGCCUUGUAGUGCCUUCAAUCAUGCUCUGGCAGAAAUGAAAAUAAUAUAUUUUUAUACA